GUACUACCGUGGCACGCAUGGUGUUAUAGUUGUCUAUGACGUAACCAACGGGGAAAGUUUUGCAAAUGUUAAACGCUGGCUUCAUGAAAUAGAACAGAAUUGUGAAGUAGUCAACAGAAUAUUAGUUGGGAAUAAAAAUGAUUGUCCAGACAGGAAGGUAGUACUCUAUGAAGAUGCAAAGCGGUUUGCAGAUCAGAUGAAUAUUCAUCUCUUUGAAACUAGUGCAAAGGAUAAUAUUAAUGUUGAAGAGAUGUUCACAGUUAUGACCAAGAUGGUUUUACAAACCAAGAAGGAGCAAAAAGAUCGACAGAGUGCCACCAGUGACCCUGUUCGCCUUCAUAACCCAAAGAAAGGAAAAGGCAAACAGAAAUGUUGCUAGCAGGCAUUUGAUCAUCACAUAUCGGAACCAAGAUUGUGCUGUGAUGUGCAGCACUUACAGAGUGUGUUUGGACAUUUGUUGGUUUUCUUUAUGUAUAAGUAGUGAAUGAGAGGAGAUUUUUGUAGAUAUAAGAGUAUUACUAUGUGUAUGUAUGCUGUGAGUGUGUAUUGCCAGAGAAAUAUAUGAAAGACUUAUUAUUACAAUUGUUCCUUCUUUCUCCACAUCUUUUAAUUUAUUUUCAAGUGAUUUUUUAAGAGGAUGCCCAUUGCAAGAUCCUGUUUUUUUAUUAGUCUUAAUUUAAUGGAAUAUAAACAUCAUCUGAAUUUGUCCUUUGAUACAUGAGUGCUAAUUUGAUCAUACAUUAUAGAUGCAGUACUACAGUAUAUUUCAGUGUUUAAAAUGAUUGAUAGCUGCCAGUUAGAUACAUGGAUAUUUUGCAAUAUAGGUCUGGGCUGUUUCAAAACAAAUAAAAUUUUAUUGGCAACGAUAAAGAUGACUGAAUGUAACUGAAGUUAAACCUUCAGUAAAGAUUUAUCAGUUUUACAGUACCAGAGAUUUCUUUGUCUUCAAAAUUUCUGCCUAAUGGUCAUAGUGUACAAAACUUUUCUUCACGUUUUGGUCAUGGCAAACAUUUUCAUGAAAUAGAGGAACUAAUGUGCAAGCCUUUCUUAUUUUAAGAUAUGGCAAACCUUGUAAUAUGCAGAUUAUUAAAUUUUUAUUUUUGGGGGGGAAUAUUUAUAUAAUUGUAAAAAAAAAAAGAAACAAAUGUGGUAACUGACAAUAUGUGCACAAUGUAUAUUGAAUAUUUGAGAUAUUUUGACGGGAAUAUAUCAAUAUUUUUUUGUAAUAUUAGGUAGAACAAACUUUGCAUGGAUUCUAAGGGUGUUAAAUACUCUGCUAAUAAGAUGUGAAAAAAUACUUGUAUAGCUAAGGCAGUGAAAUGCCAUAUUUUGAUAAUAAAUGAUUGCCUAUGCACAAUGUUUACACUUUUAUUAUGGCUUUUGAUGAUGUCACACCUCUUCUUUGGAUAUGCUUAAGCAUGAAGGUAUGCAUUCUUGUAAUCACUAUUUAUUUUUAUUGUCCUUACACUCUUGAUUUUGUAGGGGGGAGGGAUUUCUCAUAGUUUCUAUUACACAGUAUUCCAUAUUCAUGCAUAAUGGAUACAUUCACAUCUAAAGUAUUUGUAUCACCUGUUUACUGUAUACACUUGCUUUAGGAAGGACAUAUUUUUAAAUAUAUGUAAAGUACUUUACUUUUAUCAGAUGAACUCUUAAGAGUCAGUGAUCGUUUAUAAUCUUCUUGAAUGACAUCACCCAGUACCUUCAAAAUCUGAUAUUCUUGACCUCUGAAAUGUGGAGGCAGUGUUAUGCAUGGUAAUAUUUUUUAUUCAUAGUUUCUCUACUCAAAUAAGUUGAAAACCUAAUGUGUGAAUACCCAUUACAAUGUAAUUUUCUCUUUUAAUCUUGAGAGAUUUUCUUUUCUGUCCUGUUUUUUAACGUGAUAUUCAAAACACAUUAGUAUCAUACUAGUUCAUGCACUGGGGUAGCAUCAAUAUACAUUAACUUAAGAGAGAAAAUGCAACAUUUUAAAAGGAUGCAUAAAUUUUAAAUUACAUUUCUUGUAUGAAUUUAAGGUUGGUUGUUAACAUCUUGAAUUUAUAUAUGCUAUUGCUCAUUUAAUACUCAGCUGUCAUUUAGCUAGAGCAUGAAAAAGUAGACCCACACAGCUGAACUUGUUCAUCUUCAACUCAUGUCAGUAAGCCUUAUUAUUUGAACUAUAGUGCAGUCAUUGCAUUCCAGGAAAUCAUUUCAGAGAAUCGCAUGUGAUUUUCUGCUCAUUUGUACAUAGGAAUGUUUUAUGAAAAGGCUGGUCCUUUACCAAAAGCAUGUUCCCUGGUGAAAUGAUGUUACACUUCCUCUUAUCAAAGAUAUAUGGGUGUUUUCUCAUGAGCCAUAAUCUAAUUUCAUUUUUGGUAUUGCAAGUAUUGCAAGAAAUGCAAUUGUUUGUUUAUUAAUUAUUCUUCAUUUUUUAUGAGUAUAUUUUUAUACAGUUAGGUCAAUAAUUUAGUUUUGUUGUCUUUUUUUUUUUUUUUUUUUUUUUUUUUUUUUUUUUUUUUUUUUUUAAGACUAUUAUCUUCAGUACUGUAAAAUUGACACAUAUUUCCUAUUAUAGUCAUGAUUUGUAAAAAUAUGCACAUUUGAAGUGUGAAAAUAGAAGCAAUGAAGAAGAAAUAGAAAGACAGUAAAUGAUAGCUACAUUCCAUACAAGGGGAAUUUUUUUCCCUGCUUGAUAUAGAUGUUGAAUGAUUUAGGCUCAGUCAGUCAGUGGCUUUUGAGCAUAAUGCCUUUUUUCACUGAAAAAAACAAAUAUUGUAUAUAUAUAGUAUGAAAAUAAUCUUGUUGACAAGCAGCAGAGUCGUAUCGCAAACCAUUUAGAAAAACGUAUAUUCAAAACUAGUCAUACCUUUUAGAAAUUAUCGUCAUUACUUUUCACCCUUUAAAACCAGUUGCUAGUAGAAAAAGGUAUGCAAAUUUCUAAUCUCUAUUAAUUUUUCCUUCCCAUCUCUUGCUUUCAUCUCCCUUUGUACUUCUUUUCUGCAUUCCUAGCAAUUAUCUGUCUGUUCUUUCUUUUCUCUUUUUCUCCCUCUCCCUGAUUUUCUUCUUUCCUUCCCUGUCUUCCUGCUUUUUGUCCUUCCUGUACUGUUGGUCAUCUUUUGUUGUCCCUUUCUCUCCUCCUCUCCUUGCUCUCCCUCUCCCUGCCAAUAACUCACCCACUCACUCUCACUCUCUCUUUUCAUCUGCUUCCUUUCUCUUCCAGCUUCCCUUUCAUUGUUCCUUUGUCUUAGAGGAUAAUUUCUUUAAAGAUAUAUAUUUAUUUUUUAAGGGUUACAAGCAGAGUAUUACAUAUGUUUAGGAAACUCUACAUGGGAAAUCUUACAAGGCAUUAGAUAUACACUUAGUUACAUCUCCAGACAUGCAAAGAAGUUCAUUUGCCAUAUGUAUUUCAAGAAUGUGGUUUGAUUUCUAUGAUUUUUCAAUUAUAUUCUUUUGAAGCUUUGUGUUGUAUUUCCAGAAUACAUAUUUCAUCAGUAUCUCAGAAGAUGUGCAUUGGCAUAUUAAUGUGUUAACUAGUGUCUUAAGGUAUGUGCAUUGGCAGUCUGUAUAAUUUUGUGAUGAUGGUCAUUUUAACUUCAUAUGGAAAAGAAAAGGGAGACCUCUUUAGUACUUGUCGUUUGGCUUGUACAGCUCAUAUUUAAGAUUUAACUUUUAUCAUUAAGAUGAUGAUAUUUGAGAUAACACCAUGUGAAGAGGAAUACAUCAUUUUGCAAUGGUUAAAUCAGGUUCUUUUAUUAAAGCAGAUUUCUAUAUGGCUGUAAUGUUACUGAUUUGGUUGAACUUGUGUAGACCCCUCAGCCAGCACUUGUAGUAGUGUCAAUUCUGAAAUGUAAUACCCUAACAACAAACAUCCUUUAACUGGGAGACAUAGUUGAAAUAAGGUGUAAGAACAAAUUUUUGUGGAGAGACUAUUUAUUUAUCAGUGUUAUUCAUUCAAGGGGGGGAAAUAGAACCUUUAGUAUAUGUGAGACAUGCUUUGUGCAUUCCGUUUAGUUUUUCUUUUUGCCUGAAAAAUGUGCAUUAUGUUUAUGCUUGUUGAAUUAGUGUAAGCUUGUUUGGUUUAACAGCAGGCAAGUAUUAUAGGACCCAAAUCUGGGAGGGACUUUGUCUGUAAGUACUGACCACUUUCAUCAGUUCAUGUCAUUAAAUGAAUCUACGUCAUCAAAUUUCAUUAGUAAAUUUCUGAAUAUUUUGUCUGUUCUUUUUACAAGCUAGUACAGUGAAACUUCCCUUUACCUUUUAAAUAGAGGCAUAUUUAUGGUACCAAAUAUAUGCUUAAAAUGGAAGCCGUGAUGGAUAUUUUAAGUCCUGCAAGCUGUAAAUAUGAAUGAUUUCAAGGUCUUAAGUAGGUUUAUGGAAAUGAUAGAGUUAAAUAAGAAUACCAUCCUAUAAUAUGUUUAGAAAAUGUGCUGCUUCUGAAGGAAAGUUGCCUAGUAAAUGUGAUUCUGUUUUCCAUAUUUGUAAUGUUUGUGUAAGGUAUAAUGUCCAUGGCUGGAACAAGAUUUUGAUGUGUUGAUAAGUAUUCAGGCAAUGACUUAUGACUUUGAAAGCUCAUUGUUAUUUUUAAAAAGUGUAACAAUUCCCCCAAUGAUGUGUCCUAAUUGACAAUCUGCUUCCAUUAUUAGGCUUUAUAAUGCUUCCCGUUAUUGUGAUGUCUGCAACUUUCUCUCUAUAUAAUUUAAUUACCAGAAUGUGUUAAUAUCAGAGAAAUAGUCACAGUCCCAUACUGACAUGUAUAUUAAGAGAACCACUGCUCCAUAUUGUAAAAAUAAUGUUUCAUAAGAUUCAUAAGAAUUAAAUAUGUUUUUGAUGUUUCAUUACAUUUAGAGUAAAAUAACGUAUUUGCACAUGUGCCUUCCAGAGGCAGAAGAUAAGCCAUAGGAUGUCCAAAUGUAAAUUUAAUUAUUAAAAUCUUGGGUUUGAAUAUUAUUAUUAGCAUUGUGCCUCAACUCAUGAGCUUAUCAUUACUGUAAGUAUCCUACAAUCAUUCCACAUCUGUACUUUUUGUGAAUGAUUUCUGAGUGUUUUUGUCUUUUUAAAACUGAGUGAUGGUUUUUGUGAGGCAACAGCUGACUUGUGGGAUCUACAUAAACCUGAUAUUACUAUGAUUAUUAGUGAUGUAACAGUCUAUUGCAGAAUGUCACAAGGUUUGUAUAUGAUGUAAAUAUUGUAAUGUGUAAAGAAAA